CGGUGGCGGCGGCGGGCCCGCCGUGCCCCGCGUUGGGAUCGGAGGAGGAGGAGGAGGAGGAGGACGAUGGCUCAGCGAGCGCGGCGGCCGGGCUCCCCCGGGGCCUCCGCCCUCCCCCCGAACGCCAACGCCAACGGCGCGGGCGCGGGAGGCCGCCCGCAGCCCAUGCGGGCCACGGUUCCCUUCCAGCUGAAGCCGCAGCAGCAGCAGCAGCAGCAGCAACAUGGCAGCCCCACGCGGGCCGCCGCCGCCAACAACAACAACAACGGCGGCGGGCCGCCCUCCGCCGCCGCCGCGGCGGGCGGGGGCUGCGGGCGGGUGCGGCCGGCGCGGAGAUCCCCCGACCCCGGACGCGCCUCCCCGGAGAGGAGGAGCCCCGGAUCCCCGGGCUGCAGACCAGUUGACAAACAGCGGCCACCGCCAUCGAGCCCUUCCAGUAUUAUCCGACGCACUUCCUCAUUGGACACCCUCGCCGCCCCAUACUUAGCCGGACACUGGCCUCGGGAAAACCCUGGCCAGGCAGCUCCUUGCAUGAGGGACAAAGCUACACAGACAGAGUGUGCCUGGUCUGAAGACUACUUGGAAAAAAAGAAAGGCUCUCACAAGCGUUCAGCCUCUUGGGGAAGCACGGACCAACUCAAGGAGAUUGCAAAAUUACGUCAGCAGCUCCAGAGAAGCAAGCACAGUAGCCGCCACCACCGAGAUAAGGAAAGGCAGUCUCCAUUCCACGGCAACCACGCCGCCAUUCACCAAUGCCAGGCUCCAAUUCCAAAGAGCGUACUCAUCCCAGUGAUUCCCAUCACCAAAUCAACAGGAGCACGGUUUCGGAAUAGCGUGGAAGGGCUCAACCAGGAGAUUGAAAUCAUAAUUAAAGAAACCGGAGAAAAGGAAGAGCAGCUUAUUCCCCAAGAUAUCCCGGACGGCCACCGGGCCCCUCCCCCCGUGGCGCAGCGCAGCAGCAGCACCCGCAGCAUCGACACCCAGACGCCCGGCGGAGCCGACAGGGGCAGCAACAACAGCAGCCGAUCCCAGUCCGCCUCCCCCACCUCCUUCCUGGCCAUCUCAAAUGAAGGUAGUGAAGAGAGCCCUUGCUCUGCUGAUGACCUUCUUGUUGAUCCCAGAGAUCAAGACAAUGGGAACAACUCUCCCGUGCCCAAAUAUGCCACGUCACCAAAACCUAAUAACAGCUAUAUGUUCAAACGGGAACCUCCAGAGGGCUGUGAAAGGGUGAAAGUAUUUGAGGAAUGUUCGCCGAAGCAACUUCACGAAAUCCCAGCCUUCUACUGCCCCGACAAGAACAAAGUCAAUUUUAUCCCCAAGAGCGGCUCCGCGUUCUGCCUCGUCAGCAUCCUCAAGCCCCUCCUCCCCACCCAAGAUCUCACGCUCAAGGGGUCGAGCCACGGCCUGACUGUCCCCCCCGGCGUGGGCCCCACCCUGCUGCAGCCUGUCACCGUGGCCUCCCAGUCGACCAACACAGACCAAGAGCGGAUCUCCCGUGGGACGAGCACGCUCAUUUCGCAGACCUGUAUCCUCGAGCAGCCGGGACCGAUCGAGGAGGCAGAGGAGUAGGAGCCGCCCGGACCCAGCCCGGCCCCCGCCGGGAUCCCCGGAGUCUUCGGGAUGCGGCCUCGGGGAGGAGACGGGGGCGGGGCGGGUUGCGCCUCCCGACGUCACCGGACCGACGUCGCCGUAAACCGUUCCGUGACAUGGGCCGGUCCUCCGUGACUGACCGUCCGGCCGGGGGAGCGUCUGAGAGGAAGUGGGCGGCUCCGGCGGUGUUGGUUGGCAGCUUGGGGGCGGCCCGAGUUCCGUCCGUCCCCCCCAUUUUGAAGCAGUGGUCGCCCCCGCCUGGGGAGCUCCAGCCCCCGAUCAAGGACCAGCAUCAUCGCACUCCCCGUUUUGGGUCCAAAUUAGGUUUCUUCAAAAGAAAGCUAACUGACUCUGGCCUUGCAGAUGUCAUCGCUAACGCUGCGAGAACCAUCUUUCCUUGUUUCUGUUUUUGUUUUCUUCUUUUUUUACAAAAAUAACUAUUUUAUAGUAACUGGAUUUUCCGUGUUCCGAUCCGUAGCAGACAGUAGGAUGUUCCAAAAUCAUUUCCCUGGCCGGUGUUUCUCGUUGCCCUCCGUAGGUGUAUGCUUUCCUCAGCUGUUGGGACCAAAGGAACUGUUGAGAUUCUGCAGUGAUUAAGCCUCUCGACUGCGCGCCUCCCCGCUCGAAUAAGAGUGGGAAAAUAAACGCGUUGGAAUCGUACGUGGGAAAACAAAGUCAGAGAGCGAUAUCAGUCCCUCGCGUAUUGUUUCUUGACCUCAGAAGUUGGGGCUGGGGAGAAACGGCUAUUCCCUUGGCUUCUAGGACUUGAGGACAAGUCGAACCCUGGGACCAGAAAGACCCUUUCCUGUGCACCGGUCUGCCGAGUAGAAUCACCCAUCGGUGCUGUGCGGUUUGUCUGCCCCCGACACAGACUCUAGGCAUGGUUCCCUUUCCUUCCCACCUCCCUUCCCCCUUGAACUCUCUUGGCGGUUUGUUUAGGUCGGUCAUUGACUUGCUUUGGAACCUACUACCCAGCUGUCAGCUGUCACCCCUAUCUUAAAUGCUCCCCGCCUGGUAGAUCGGACUCUCCCAAGCGCUUAGUCCAGUGUUCUCCACACAGUGAGCCCUCGAUAAAUACCAACCGAUCGACUGAUUGAUCUAGCAGUGGGCCAGCGGUGUCGAACAACAGCCUGGACCCUGCUUGCCACCUGCAGCUUGCGCUGGCUAGCCAUUCGCCUUUCCUUGGAAGGAAGCCCACACCAGAGUCUUCCUCGCCCGUUGAAGAACUGCCGAGGGGUCUCGGAGCAAUCAGGCCCGGAUUGGGCGGAGGCCGCGAAAGGAUUGGCUGCCGGGGUGUGGUUGCCAAAGCCAUUUUGUACAGUUUAAAAGAACUCAAAGAUCAGAGCGGUGGGAUGGAGGCAUUAGAGACAGCUAUUUGAAAUCAUGUCAAAGGGCGUUUCUAAACUCCUUCAGUAUCUUAAACUGCCAUAGUUUCAUAUUUAUCUGUAUAUUUUGGCCAGAAUCCAAUCACAGGCACUUAGAACAGAGGGAACACUUGAACAUUUGAUUAAUCGUAGUUUCUCUGCACUUAAAAUGCUUACCGGUAGAGACCGUGACACUUCUAUCAGGGAAUUACUGAUUAGUAGCAAUAAAUUUAUCGGGUCCCCAUCUGAACCAGUCCCACUCCUUGAAAACAAACACCAAAAGAUCAAUGACACAUCAAAACACAAGGUACAAGAGUGGUGAAUUGAUAAAUAAUUAAAUGAAUAGCUCCCUGCACCAGUCUGCUGACGAGGGGCAUCUUGGUCCCCGUUUGUCCCAAGAUUUGCUUGAUUGUUCCCUGGUUGAUUGUCCAGGGAGUGGCUUCUCCUCAUUCUCCCGAUGCUUUCACCGCACCAUUAGCCCCUCUGCCAGAAGUUGGGCAGGGCUAAAGAGAAUGGUCAACUCAAACCGUUCGGUUUGAGCCCUGCAUCUCGUCAGGGGCUCUGGGGAAAAGGUUUGGCAGGGAAGGAGGUGGCAAAAAAGAGAGCUUGGCAUAGGAUUUUGCUGGGGCAUUUCCCCCACCCACCCCACGGAUGAUUUCCAGUAGAGCACCUCUUUAGAAAAAAGUUUGCUCUCUCACCCACCUUCCACUGCCUUGCCUCCUCGUGGGGUGCCCCAUAGCUGCGGUACACCUGGCUCCUCUUCAAGUCAACGGAAAUGUGUUUCACGUCGUAUCGUUUGCCCCGGCUCGUAUUUGAAACCAAGCUGUCUGAUUCCUGGCACUUUGGAGAUGAGAAUUCUCAGGUAGACUGACUGCUUUCCUGACCUCCAAAACAAACCAACCCCUCACGCUUUUCAGAGCUCCUUCAUCGACUCCAGGCAAGCUUGCAUUCGUGGCUUCCCGGUGCCAAAGGGCUAAUUUUCGCGUGGAAGCUUUCAUGGGCACCAUGAGAUCUUUGAGCCACAGGCUGCUUAGCCCCGAGGUCGUGGGCCCUCGGUGAAUUUGGAGCAGGUCCCAUCUCAAAUGACUAUGUGUGUUCCUUUCCGAGUCCUGUGUUUAGGGAGCUCACCCGAUUGAGUGAGCCAAAUUUGUGAGAUUAAGAAACACUAAUCUAGGAUUAACCCUCUUCUUUUACAUUUAAAAAAUAUUUUUCAGAGAAUAUUUUCCAUUCAUUGUGGGGGUAUUAAAUGGUUUUCAUGUUUUCCACAAUUAGAUGGCCAUACGUCCAACAACUGGGGCAUAUUCACCUACUUAGUCAUUUGGAGAUGCAAUCUUCCUCUCCUCACCUUUCCCCCUUCUCCCCUACCUUGGGGCAAAUUUCUCCUUGUGGUCAAUCACGCUUCAUAAAUAUGCAGCUUCAGACCAUUAGCAAGAAUAGAUGUGUCUGCUCAGAGCCUUCCUGAGAAUUGUUUUUAAAAAAAGCACUUGUUUUCCACGUAAACAUAAAUCAAAAAAUUGUUCCCGGGCUAGAUUUCUUGGGAGAAUCUAAGUCUUGCCUAGUCCGCUAAUCCGAUUAGUCCCUUUAGAAGCUGCAAUAUUGAGAAGAUGUUUUUGUAUCAUCUGUGGAAUAAAUAUGAUUGGUGAAACCAAA